AUGUCUGACUCCUCCGACGAAGAAGCAGCCGCCAUGGCCCUCGCAAUGGGCUUCUCAUCCUUCGGCGCCCCACCCUCCAAGAAAAAACGCAAGUUCAACAGCGCCACCGACGCGUUUGUUGACGGCCAAGAACAGCUGACGCCCGAACAGUUGGAGAAUCUUGAUCGCGGGGGUAAGAAGGGGAAGGGGAGUGGCGGGAAUAAUGUUGCGUUGGGACGCGCGAGGGUUUUUGGAACUGGGAGUGGGAGUGGAGGUGUUAGUUAUGAGGCGCAAGCACCUUUGGUCUUGCAAGCACAUUCUCAUGCACGCAAUGAUGCUGAGAUAAAUCUAUAUGGUGGCGGGGCAGAUGAUGAGAGUGGGGAUGAGGAGAGGCCGAAUUAUAUGGAUACGAGUCUCCCUGCUCCGGUUGAGGAGUUGAGGGGGAUAGGAAGCGGAGGGGAAGGAAGUUUGGAGUUGCAGAAUCAAGCUACAGAAAAGGCAACAGAAGCAGCAGAUGAGAUGCAAGCGAAGAUCGACUCCAUACUAGCUAGUGCGCAGCCAGGCAUCUCUGUCCCGCCUCCACCUGCACUUCCACUCGGGUACACAGAUUCAGCGUCUACGGAGGGGAGGAUAAGGAGUCCUCCAGCGGCGGCGGUAGAGUCUAUUGCGGGUUCGAGUAGAGGUGGAGGCGGUGAUGGUAUGAGAGGGGGACGGGGUGGGGGUUCUGCGAGGGGAGGACGGAGAAAUGAGAGGUGGUGGGAGGGGUAUUAUGAUCCCAGUUUUAAUGUUAAUCCGUGGGAGGCUCUGGAAAAGAAAAUGGAGCUGCGGAGUGUGGGGAGUUGGUUGGAGAAGGGGCAUUGGGAUUUGAAUGCUGGGGUUAGAGUUCCGACAACGACGAGUGCUACAUGA